AUGGCUGUCGUCGUUACUGCGGUCGCUGUUCCCUGUCUGCUUUGCGGACACAUGGUCUUCGACGGUCUAAACAGAAAUAGACCGACAUGGUUGAACCAGUUUCGUAUACUUUAUUCGAACAACGGAGUCGUCUCCAUCUCGGGAGUAGGCUAUCACACGAACCUGAGAAUUGACCGUUGGGUCGCUCCGCCAGGCUACUACAGCCGUUGGGAUGAUGUGGGCUAUGAUUGGCCCGAUCAUCACCGCGUCGGCGUCUUGCGUCAGGCACCGAUCGAAGGGCGCUGGGGGGUUGUCUUUCACGUGGCCUGCUGGGCGCUGCUGGACGCUGCUGUCGGCCCGGUGCCUCUAGCGCGGCUUCUCGAUCUCUGUAAAUCUUUUCCGAUCAUUAACAGCAAGUAUUCUUCAAUUUGGGGCCCCUUUCUUGGUGGCCCCGUGCAUCCGGAUGACGAUCUCUGCGUCCAAGUCUCCGAAACCGACAUAGAGCAUCACAAGCUCUGCAUCAUCAGGGUCGCCAGGCAUAAUCCGUUCCACGUGCCGGAGCUCGACGAUCUUGUCAUCGAACGCGACGAUCAUCUGACACCAGUGGUCUUCCCGAGGGCGCAAACUAGCGACCCGUUUGCGCGGCUACCGCUAGAGCUGGUCAUGGCCAUUGCCAAGCUGCUUCCGACGCGCGACCUUCUCCACCUGCGACUCGCCUCCUCCUCUUACACACCCGUGUUUGAAGAGCAGCACUUCUGGGCCUCGCGAUUCCGUCCGGGAGGCGAGCGCUGCUGGCUGUUCGAGUCACAGUACUGGGAUACGGCGGCGACGGACUGGCGUCGGCUAUACCGUCUUACAAGCCCCACGCGCCGCUCGCAGGCCAUGCAGAACAGGGAGAGGGUAUGGCGGCUAGCUUUACAAUUCGAAGAUCUUCUGGCGCCAGAAUUCAUCAAUAUAUCCCCGCCGAGCUCUACUUCGUUAGUCAUGGACGUGGGCGAGUGGCGUAUUGUCUCGGCCGACGUGCUGGCCUGGGACGCCAUGAGGCCAUACGGAUACCUCACAGAAAAUGGCUGUGUUAACCUCCACAGGAGCCAAAACAUUGUAAUUCCCCCUUCGAUUGAUUGGCUCUCUUUCUUUAUCAGUUCCAUCGCAGGGGUCGAGUACGUGGUGGGCAUCAAGAUGGUUGGUGCCUGCGGCGCUAUCGUUGAGCUGGGAUACAUGGCCGACGAGAAGCCCGUCGAUAUCUUUGGGAAGCAUUUGACUGGCCUGUGUUUGGCUCAGGGCUCCACAGGUAUCCGAGCAAUCCAGUGUAUCUUUGAUGAUGGUAGUCAUGCACCUUGGAUCGGAAACCCUGACGGCGUCUCGCAUACGAGGAAGCUGGUAGCUUACAGCGGACUCUUUGCGAUUUUUGCCAAUUUUGAUGGCUGCAAGAUUACGAGUUUAGGUAUCCGGGCAGAGUGGGAGUCUGCAUCGCUGCGUGAUAUUGCGUUGUGGGAGGAUGGCAUCCCAGACCGAGAGCUGCAACUGAAUGAAGCCAUCUUUCGAAAGAUGUAUCCCGACGAUGGUGUAUAUGACCCAGUUUUUCGCAGCGUCUUUGGGGGCACGAGGGGUCAGAGCCUCCCUUACCUGACAGGCAUCCGGGUGUACAUUACGUCCACGCCUUGCGGAAUCGAAUUUGAUUACACUUCCGACCAUAUCGACUACGUCGACACGUGUAGGGACUUGUUGGGUGAUUUUCCCGAGUCCGACUUUGCGUCCGUACAGCUUUUCCGCAUUGAUGGACCUGGCGGCGAGCGCGUCACGGGCGUUGAGCUGGACGUGCUCGUCAACCCGUGUCGAAGCCAUCUGGACAACGACACCACCGAGCUGGAAUCGUUCAAGAGUGAGGGCGAUGCCGGUGCCGGUGCCAGUCGGGGAGACGAUUACGGGAUUUUACUGUACACUUUUUAG